UCCCUUGACUCUGGGUGAUGGCCCAGCCCAGGGGGUCCUGCCCGCUGUGGGAAGGCCGUGCUGCAGAUUGGAAUCAACAUGAUGGCGCUGCCUGGAGGCCGCCACUUGGACUCCGUCGCUGUGCCAGGGCAGCGGCUGCAACUGAUGCAGGUGGACUCGGUCCAGCGCUGGAUGGAGGACCUGAAGCUCAUGACCGAGUGUGAAUGCAUGUGCGUCCUGCAGGCGAAGCCCAUCAGUCUGGAGGAGGAUGCUCAGGGUGACCUCAUCCUGGCUGGGGGUCCCAGCCCUGGGGAUCCCCUGCAGCUGCUGCUGAAGCGGGGCUGGGUCAUCAGCAUGGAGCUGCGCAGGAUCGGGCAGAAGCUGGCCCAGGAGCGCUGGGCGCGAGUGCACAGCAUGAGCGUGAGGCUGACGUGCCAUGCGCGCUCCAUGGUCAGCGAGUACAGUGCGGUCAGCAGGAGCUCCUCUCAGGAAAUGGGGCAGGCUGAGAAGCUUCUCAUGCAGAAGUGCUCCGAGCUCUCGGCUGUCACAGAGAAGUGCCUCCAGGUGGAGAACGAACAUGUCCUGAAGUCCAUGAAGGCCUGCGUGAGCGAGACCCUGAGCACGCUGGGCCAGCACUUUGGCCAGCUGCUGGAGCUAGCGCUGACCCGGGAGGUGCAGGCACUGGUGAGAAAACUUGAUGCCUCUGAUGAUGUCUACACCAUGGAGUCCACCACAGGGAACCUGUUCAGCCUCACCCAGGAGGGGGCCCCUUUGUGCCGCAUCAUAGCCAAGGAGGGCGGGGUGGCUGCGCUCUUCAAGGUCUGCCGGCAGGACCGCUUCCCGUGCUUGCACCCCCAGGCUCUCCGCACGCUGGCCUCCGUCUGCUGCGUGGAAGAGGGCAUCCACCAGCUGGAGAAGGUGGACGGUGUUCUGUGCUUGGCCGACAUCCUAACCGAUGAUAGCCACUCAGAGGCCACUCGGGCAGAGGCUGCGGCUGUAGUGGCCCAGGUCACCUCACCACACCUUUCCUUCACCCAGCAUCUCAGUAGCUUUCUGGAAAGCAUGGAGGAGAUCGUGACCGCCCUCAUCAAACUGUGCCAAGAGGCCUCAUCUGGGGAAGUCUUCCUGCUGGCCUCUGCGGCCCUUGCCAACAUCACCUUCUUUGACACAAUGGCCUGUGAGAUGCUUCUGCAGCUGAAUGCCAUCCGUGUCCUCCUGGAAGCCUGCAGUGACAAGAAGAGAGUGGAUACACCUUACACCAGGGACCAGAUUGUGACCAUCUUGGCCAAUAUGUCUGUGCUGGAGCAGUGUGCUUCUGACAUCAUUCAGGAGAAUGGAGUGCAGCUCCUCAUGGGCAUGCUGUCUGAGAAGCCGAGAUCUGGCAGCCCUGCCGAGGUGGCGGCCUGUGAGAGAGUGCAGCAGAAAGCCGCCGUGACCCUGGCCCGCCUCAGCCGAGAUCCGCGCGUCGCCAGAGAAGCCGUGAGGCUCAGCGGUAUGUCCCGUCUCAUCGAACUCUGCAGAUCCCCGUCAGAAAGGAACAGCAGUGACGCCGUGCUUGUGGCCUGCCUGGCUGCUCUGCGUCGCUUGGCUGACUUCUGUCCCGAAGGCCUGCUGGACUCGGACUUCCAGCAGCUGGUCCAGCCCCGGCUCGUGGACUCCUUCCUGCUGUGCAGCAACAUGGAAGAGAGUUUUGUGUAGUGCACGUGGGAGAGAGGAAGGACGUGCCCUGGACCCCUCUGAGCACUCACGGACCCUCCUCGCCUCUUUAUUUAUGCAUAAUUUAUUUUUUUACAUGAGAUACAAAGGCAAAUCUAGAAAUACCAUCAAAUAAUACACGGCCAUUGGUAUUUUUCGUUUUUAUUUCUGUUUUCUGCAGCUUUUCAGUGGAAGGUGUUAGAAUGAGUAAUGGUGAGAAGUGCAGUGGCCUCACAUCGUCCUCCCUGUCCUGUCGCUGGACAGUCUUUCUAACGCUGCUUAAACUUUGGAACCAGGGUGUUUUUAACUGCCUAGCUUGUUUUUAAAGUUGUAUUUGCUUUUUUUCAAAAAUUUCAAAUGGAUUGCAUACUUGGAUGGAUACACUAGAAAGAAAUGCAUUUCUUUAAUAAAUGGAAUCAUGCAAA